ACGACCCAGUAGGAUAAGCGGUUUGGAAAAUGGACGGAUGGAUGGAUGGAUGGGAUGCUUCUGUGCAAGUGCGCAAUUAUAUGAGUUAUUACCAGCCAAAACAAGUAACAACUACACAGUGUCCUUGUGUGGAUUCCCCGUAUGUACCAGCUGUUUUGUGUUGCUGUCAUUAGUCAUAUGUAUUUAAGUCUGCGUUAGGUAUGUUUUCCCCAGUCCGGACAUUGAAGUGUGACGUCCGUUUUGUUUGUUUGUGCGUGCGUGCUACAAUAAAUCCCUCGAUUCUCCGUCUCCCUGGUCUGUUCCGUAUACAACACACUGUAAAAAUAAGGGCUAAUGACAGGUACGAGAAUAUUUAAUUUUAAUAUACGCUCAUGCGUAUAAGAUCGGAACAUUUACUCAAAUACUACUACUAAUAAUAAUAAUAAUGAGAUGUAUAAAUAACAUAUGCUUCCUUUCUUUGCUAUACUAUUUUUUUCUCACUCUCCCUCCGUGGAGCCGUGCUCACUGUUUGCUUGUUUGCAUUUUCUUUUAAGAAAAAUAAGAGAAAAGUUUUGAACAAUACUGGUACUUUCUAAUUGGGCGUAUAUAAUUUUUUAUUAUGCAAAGUCCAUUUAUUAAUAUUUGUAGCGUUUCUUGUCAUAGUUUAAGAAUACUUUUUGUAAAAACUCCUUUUAAAAUUUUACUAAGGUGAAAUACAGAAGCUGCAUCAGAGACUAAAAUGCAAGCAUUAAACUUCCAAGUCGCAAAGGGGCAGCAAAAUUACGGACACUGUUUCACUCCAAUGGUUUUCCACGUGAAGAAGAGUUAAGAAGGCUAGCUCUGAAGAUGCGGAUCUAUAGAAUACUACGUCGUUUUAGUCGAUCGUUUUAUAGUACACCAACUGUAAUGGAUUUUCGGCCUCGUUUGCAGAUUCUUCCAAGCCGCAAGAGUCUCUUUGAUGAGCCGCUGCAAAUAAAAGUGGACGGUCUUAUUCCGGAGCAGCGAGUGGAGCUGAGAGCCAAGCUAACUGAUGACAGAGGCGUACUUUUUAAGUCAUCUGCUGCAUAUAACGCAGACUUCAGCGGUACUGUUGAUUUAGGAACCUCAAGUUCUCUGGGUGGCAGCUACACAGGCAUUGAACCUAUGGGACUGUUCUGGUCUAUGACGCCAGAAAAACCCUGCUCCAGACUUAUGAUUAAGGACGCAUCGAGUUACCUUCUGGUCAAUAUCGAAGUAAUUAAUGGCUCGGAUUUGGGACAUGCACUUGCAAGUGAAACUGUGGAAAGAGGAUUCAUGGCGAAAGGAACUCGCAGGUUACCCGUAAAAGUUGGAAGAAUACGGGGAACCUUGUUUGUACCACCGGGACCUGGUCCAUUCCCAGGGGUUCUUGAUUUGUACACAUUCGGUGGUGGCUUGACAGAGACGCGGGGAAGCCUGCUAGCAAACAAAGGCUAUGUGGUUUUGUGUCUGGCGUACUACAAUUAUGGCGAUUUGCCCAAGUCUGUCAGCCAUUUUGAUCUGGAAUACUUUGAAGAAGCCCUGAUGUUUCUCCGGAGUCAGCCUGAGGUCAGAGGUCCUGGAGUUGGGAUUAUUUCAAUCUCCAAAGGUGCAGAUCUGGCCUUGUCAAUAGCCUCAUUGCUCCCUGGUGUGUCUGCCACUGUUUGGAUCAAUGGCUGCAAUGCCAAUGUCAUGUUACCUUUGCACUACAAAGACAUGGUCAUCCCUCCACUCAUCCCUGAUUUCAGCAAAAUAACCUUAGCACAACCUGGAAUUCUGGAUGUGCGGGAGUCUGUGACUGACCCCAUGGCAGAGAGAAGUCGAUCUACCAUUAUCCCUGUUGAAAGGGCCAGUUGCAGGUUCCUCCUUGUGGCAUCUGAGGAUGACAAAAAUUGGAACAGCUGCCUCUUUGCAGAGCAGGCUGCCACACGACUGAAGGUUCACGGGAAAAACAACUUCGAGGUUAUAAAGUAUCCAAAGGCAGGCCACUUCCUGGAAGUUCCCUACAUGCCACAUUAUCCUUUUGGUAUUCAUCCUGUUGUAGGCAAAGUUGUGGCAUAUGGGGGUAAUGCAAAGGGCCAUGCAGAUGCACACUUGGAACUUUGGAGAAGAAUUCAGGUGUUUUUCCAGGAGCAUCUUGCUAGUGGUUCCCAUAAAGCUGUAUUGUAACAUGUGGAUGUGUCACCAACACUGUCUUUCUUAUUGCGUGCACAUUAGUAUUCACAACUUGCUUGUAACAUUCUUUUAUCUUGAUCGCUUUUGAAAAGCAUUUAUAAUGAUGCCAUGUUAUUGCAGCUCAGUGGUCAAAUUGAGAUGCCAAUCCUACAUGGAAAAAAAAAUCUGUAUUAUUACGCAGUACUUUAAUACUUUACUGUGAGGUGUCUGCUUGGUCAGUUAUAAUAAAAUUACAUAUUGUAAUAAAUAUAGUCCUAUGUAGCCAAAA